AUGGACCCCGAAAGGCGGGUACUGGUGUUGUACAUUGAUGUAACUCGAUUGCGUCGAAAUGAGCAGCUUGCUGUUUGCUGUGUUGUUGUGUUGAUCUCAAGUCUGAUCUAUGGAUAUCUUCUGGAACUUAUCCUGGUCAGUAAGAAAAUGAGCGAUCACAGUUGGUUUUUGAGCUUAUUGUUGUUUGCUGGAUACUCAUUCAUUUCAUGGACCGAAGCUCUUCUUACCAAGAAAACGAUCGGGAGGAAUAUCCCGAUGCUCCCCUUGAUGUUGCUGGGUGUCUCAUCGGUUGUCACGAUAGGAUUUUCGAACAGUGCACUUGCGUACUUGAAUUAUCCGACUCAAGUGAUAUUCAAAUCGUGUAAGUUGAUCCCCGUCAUGAUCGGUGGCGUUUUCAUCAUGCAAAAGAAAUAUGGACUGCUGGACGUAUUAGCUUGUGUGUUGAUGUCCAUAGGAUUAGCUGCUUUGUGCGAGCACCCACCGAAAAGUCCUCAACAGUACUACUAUAGUGCUCUAACUGCGGAUGCCGUAAUUGGAAAUCUGCAGGAGAAAGCCAUGAAGAAUUACGAAGCGUCAUCUGUUGAAAUCAUGUGCCUUUCUUUUGCGGUUGGAGGGUGCUUAAUUUUUUUUUAUCUUUUAUUGAUCGGAAAUCUCUUUCCCGCAAUUGAAUGGGUUUUCUCGAAUCCCGACUGCUGGUUGCCUUUGUUGGCAUUGAUCGUGACAGGAUAUAUCAGCGUUGAAACUGUUCUGGUACUCGUGAAGCAAUUCGACGCUCUAGUCGCUGUGACUGUCACAAAUCUACGAAAGGUGUUUUCGUUGGUGCUUUCUUUCCUCGUCUUCGCAAAACCCUUCUCGAUGAACUACGUUUGGUCGGGGAUUCUAGUCGCGAUUGGUGUAUACUUGAAUGUAUUCAGCAAACGCUUGCAAAAGCAGCCGUCGAAACCGCUAUUGCCGAUUCUUCAAAGAAAUUCCAAAACUGAGGUCGUAGGAGAGACUGCAGUGUCUUCAGACGGCAUCAAAUACGACUCCUUGGACAUCAUGAAUGCCUAA